CAGCCAGAGCGCUGAUGGGCGGUCAGAAGGAAUGAGGAAUCGGAGUAACGAUGGGGAGAAAAGGAUUGACAGACGAGUGGAAUCUGAAGAGUCCGGUGAUGAAGACGGACAAAACAAAGGAGUGAUUGAAGAAGUGUUUCAGAAUAUUAGAGUGAGGGGAAAUGCAUCAGGAGAACCAGAUACUCCAGUUGAUAUUGAAACAGUCAUUUUAGAUCCUGAAGCAGAGGAUGUUGAUCUGAAUCACUGCAGAAUAGGGAAGAUUGAAGGGUUUGAAGUCCUGAAGAAAGUGAAGGUGCUAUGUCUUCGUCAGAACCUUAUCAAAAUGAUCGAGAACCUCGACCAUCUGACGACACUCCGAGAGCUGGAUCUGUACGAUAACCAGAUCAAAGUAAUCGAAAAUCUUCAGGUCUUGAAGGACCUUGAGAUUUUAGAUCUCUCGUUUAACAUCCUGCGGAAAGUUGAUGGUCUGGAAGGCCUGACAAAGCUGAAGAAGCUCUUCCUCCUGAACAAUAAGAUCACGAAAAUGGAAAAUAUUGGCCACCUCGAGCAGCUGGACCUCCUGGAGCUCGGAUCGAAUCGCAUCCGGGUUAUAGAGAAUAUUGACAUUCUAAAAAAGAUGACCAGUUUGUUUUUGGGUAAAAACAAAAUCACCAAAUUACAGAACCUGGACGGGCUAACGAAUCUGACGGUACUCAGUAUACAGAGCAACCGUCUUACAAAGAUCGAAGGGAUGCAAAGUCUGGUCAACUUGCAAGAGCUUUACCUGAGUCACAAUGGGAUUGAAGUGAUCGAAGGUUUAGAAAACAAUAAAAAGUUAACCACAGUCGACAUAGCAAACAACCGAAUCAAGAAGAUUGAGAAUAUCAGCCACCUCACAGAGCUCCAGGAAUUCUGGAUGAACGAUAAUUUAAUUGAGCAGUGGAGUGACCUCGAUGAACUGAAGAACGCAAAAAACCUCCAGACGGUAUAUUUCGAAGGUAACCCGUUGCAGAAGGAUCCACAGUAUCGACGGAAAGUAAUGUUGUCCCUUCCAUCCAUACGACAAAUCGAUGCAACUUUUAUCCGAUUCUAAAGGAAGGAGUUUGCACCACUGACUGGCAUGUAUGUGUAGGGAAGGUAUUUUAUCUGACUGUCACUCUUAACGUAUUUGAUAAAAGCACUAAAUUAUAGCUAAAAAUAAAUCGAUGCAUUAUUUUGUUAUUGACUUUUACCUCACGAAUGUGCUUCCUUUGUGUUGGUUGCUUUAUCCUCCAUCCUGCACCUUUGCCCAGUUUCUCUACCGAUCUCAUGACUAAUCCUUCCUCAGCUUGUGAGGAUGAAUGUACCUGUGUUUGAAUGUUUUUUGUAAAAGAAUGAACAUUAAAAACGUGAAUUCGUGAACACA